AUGUCAAAUUUAUACGGCCAUAGAGAGGAGCAAAAUAACCAGCGUUUUGACCAGCUUUCCCAAACACUACAGCAAUUCCGAACCACCGUGGAUAGAGAUAUUCACGGCCGGGUUCAGCUGGAAAUGCUGACUUUAGACUCUCUAAACGAUAGUUUUGGCCAGUUGUGGACAAAGGUGAAACGAACCAGUGGAGACUUGCAGACUGUCAUGAGCAGAAAUGCCAGUUUGACUCGCAUAGUAAUGGUGUUAUUGGCUGUGUUUUUCGUGGUGAUGACCCUUUUUAAACUCCGGUAG